AUGGAGGGCCGGCGGUCGCGGCGGGUAACACGACGCAACGGCAGGACUUUCCCAGCGGGCCCUAGAGGGGGAGCUGUGCUGGCCAUGCUGGGCCUGUGGCUGUUAGCUGUUGCUGCCACCGUGUGCCAAGGCCAGAUCACCUUCACCAGCUUCCACCCGGAGCGCCGGGAGUGGGCCUUCAACCACCUGACGGUCCACCAGACAACGGGGGCGCUCUACAUCGGAGCGGUCAACCGCGUCUACAAGCUCUCGGGUAACCUGACCCUCAUGGUGUCCCACGACACAGGCCCUGAGGACGACAACAAGGCAUGCUACCCGCCCCUCAUCGUCCAGCCCUGCUCUGAACCCCUGACCUCCACUAACAACGUCAACAAACUGCUUCUCAUAGACUACAGUCAGAAUCGUCUGCUGGCCUGCGGUAGUCUCUACCAGGGAGUCUGCAAACUGCUGCGUCUGGAUGAUCUCUUCAUCCUAGUGGAGCCGUCCCAUAAGAAAGAGCACUACCUCUCCAGCGUCAACCAGACAGGCACCAUGUACGGGGUCAUCGUGCCCUCCUCCAAGGGCCAGGAUGGGACUCUUUUCAUCGGGACGGCCGUAGACGGUAAACAGGACUACUUCCCCACCAUCUCUAGUCGUAAGCUCCCCCGCGACCCAGAGUCCUCGGCCAUGCUAGACUACGAGCUUCACACAGACUUCGUCUCGUCUCUGAUAAAGAUCCCGUCAGACACGCUGGCGCUGGUGUCCCACUUCGACAUCUACUACGUGUAUGGCUUCGCCAGCGGCUCCUUCGUCUACUUCCUGACCGUCCAGCCCGAGACGCCGGAGAACAGCAUGUCAUCAGGUGGAUCCUCCAACGACCUCUUCUACACCUCGCGCAUCGUCCGCCUCUGCAAGGACGACCACAAGUUCCACUCGUACGUCUCCUUACCCGUGGGCUGCGUGAGGAACGGUGUGGAGUAUCGUCUCCUGCAAGCCGCCUACCUGGCCAAGCCGGGCCGUGUGCUGGCCGCCUCGCUCAACAUCAGCGCCACGGACGACGUGCUCUUCACCAUAUUCUCCAAGGGCCAGAAGCAGUACCACCGGCCGCCAGAUGACUCAGCGCUCUGCAUAUUCACCAUCAAGGACAUCAACGCCCGCAUCAAGGAGCGCCUGCAGUCCUGCUAUCAGGGUGAGGGCAACCUGGAGCUCAACUGGCUGCUGGGAAAAGACGUGCAGUGCACUAAAGCGCCGGUGCCCAUCGAUGACUCGUUCUGUGGUCUGGAUAUCAACCAGCCCCUUGGCGGCUCUCAGCUGGUGACUGGACACGCCCUCUACACAGAGACACGGGACCGCAUGACCUCUGUCACCUCCUACGUCUACAACGGAUACUGCGUGGCCUUCGUCGGCACCAAGAGCGGACGCCUCAAAAAGAUCCGUGUGGACGGUCCUCCUCACGGUGGGGUCCAGUAUGAGACGGUGUUGGUCAUCAAGGAUGGCAGCUCCAUCCUCAGAGACAUGGCCUUCUCACUGGACCACAACUAUCUGUACGUCAUGUCAGAGAAACAGGUGACACAGGUCCCUAUAGAGUCAUGUGAUCAGUACGGGACGUGUGGAGAGUGCCUGAGCUCCGGUGACCCCCACUGUGGCUGGUGUGUCCUACACAACAUGUGUUCUCAGAAGGACCGUUGUGAGCGUGCAGAUGAGCCGUACCGUUUCACUGCUGCUCUCUCUCAGUGUGUGAAGGCCACGGUGUACCCAGACAGCAUUGCAGUGUCAGAGCCCAGCGUGCCAUUGCUGGUGAAGGUGUCUGAUGUCCCAGACCUGGCAGCUGGGAUCACCUGUUCCUUUGGAAACCUGACAGAGGUGGAGGGACAGGUCAGCGGUAACCAGAUCUUCUGUCUGUCCCCCACCGCUAAGGAUGUUCCUCUCAUACCUGCUGACCAAGACUGGUCAGUUGUUGAGUUGAGGCUCAACUCUAAGGAGACUGGUAAGAUGGUCAUCAGCACGGCGGUCAAGUUCUACAACUGCAGUGUUCACCAACUGUGUCUGUCCUGUGUGAACAGUGCCUUCCGCUGCCACUGGUGCAAGUACCGUAACCUGUGUACCCAUGACCCAUCCAGCUGCUCCUUCCAGGAGGGACGCGUCAACGCCUCCGAGGACUGUCCUCAGCUGGUGCGGUCGGAGGAGAUUCUGAUCCCGGCUGGGGAGGUGAAGCCCAUCACCCUGAAGGCCCGGAACCUUCCCCAGCCCCAGUCAGGCCAGCGUGGUUACGAGUGUGUCCUCCACAUCCAGGGGGUCAGCCACCGAGUCACCGCCCUGCGCUUCAACAGCUCCUCUGUACAGUGUCAGAACAGCUCGUAUCUAUAUGAGGGGAUGAAGAUCAGUGAGUUGCCAGUGGAUUUUUCAGUGGUCUGGAACGGCAACUUCAUUAUAGACAACCCAGAUAAUAUCCAAGUGCACCUGUAUAAGUGUGUGGCCCAGAGGGACAGCUGUGGCAUGUGUCUGAAAGCCCAGAGGAAGUUCCAGUGUGGCUGGUGUAGUGGAGAGGGCCGAUGUACCCUGCGCCACCACUGCCCACCCCUCAACCCCUAUACCACCCGCUGGCUAGACCUGUCCAGCAAGAAGGUCCAGUGUACCAACCCACGCAUCACAGAGGUGACCCCAGUAGCAGGCCCUCCAGAGGGGGGUACCAGGGUGACCAUCCAUGGCAUGAACCUGGGCCUGGCAUUCAGUGAGAUGGUGGACAACGUGAAGGUGGCUGGGGUCAAGUGUUCCCCUGUGGAGGAAGGCUACAUUAUCGCAGAGCAGAUAGUCUGUGAGAUGGAUGCUGCCCCAGCAGACAGCAAGGCUGGACCAGUCCAACUGUGUGUCGGGGAGUGCAAACCUGCGCUCAAGACUCACUCUUCCCAGCUCUACUCCUUCGUGAUGCCGUCGGUACAGGGCCUGUCCCCCAGCAGAGGGCCUGAGUCAGGGGGCAGCAAGGUAACCAUCAUGGGGGAGAACCUGGGCGCUGGCAGCAGUGUCACCGUCCUCUUUGGGAACCAGACGUGCGAGUUCUACGGGCGGACCAUGACAGAGAUCGUGUGUUACUCGGCUCCCUCCCUGACUGGGGUGGGUUCGGUUCAGAUCAGUGUGAGUGUGGACCGGGCCCAGGUCAAGGAGAGCCUGAGCUUCGAUUACAUUGAGGACCCCACCGUCCAGCGCAUUGAGCCAGAGUGGAGCAUCGCCAGCGGCCACACUCCUCUGAUGGUGACAGGAACUAAUCUGGAUGUGGUUCAGGAGCCUAGGAUACGCGUCAAGUACGGAGGCCGUGAGUCUGUCAACAUGUGUAAGGUUCUGAAUACCACCAGUAUGAGUUGCGUUGCCCCGUCCCUGGUAGCAGAGUACCACCAUCCAGGCCUGGACACAGUCAAACAUGCUGAUGAGUUUGGCUUUAUCUUCAACAACGUCCAGACUCUGCUAGUCUAUAACAACACCAACUUCCUCUACUACCCCAACCCAUACUUUGAACCUCUCAGCACCAAUGGGGUCUUGGAGCAGAAGCCUGGCUCGCCCAUCAUUCUCAAGGGCAAAAACCUGGUGCCCCCGGCCUCAGGGGGGGUGAAGCUCAACUACACUGUACUGAUCGGGGAGACCCCCUGCUCAGUCACUGUGUCUGAGACCCAGCUGCUGUGUGAGCCCCCCAACCUCACGGGCCAGUACAAAGUCAUGGUCCAGGUGGGCGGUCUCCACGUGUCUCCAGGGGUGGUCCACAUCCUGUCAGACAGCCUGCUCACCCUUCCCGCCAUCGUCUCCAUCGCCGCCGGCGGAGGGCUUCUCCUUAUCAUCGUCAUCCUCGUCCUCAUUGCAUACAAACGCAAGUCGCGGGAGAAUGACCUCACCCUGAAGCGCCUGCAGAUGCAGAUGGACAACCUGGAGUCCCGGGUCGCCCUGGAGUGCAAGGAAGCUUUUGCUGAGCUGCAGACGGACAUCAACGAGCUGACCAGUGAUCUGGACAGAGCUGGUAUCCCCCAUCUGGACUACCGGACCUACGCCAUGAGAGUCCUUUUCCCUGGCAUCGAGGACCACCCUGUUCUCAGAGAACUGGAGGUGUCAGGUAACGGUCAGCUGAGCACAGAGAAGGCUCUGAAACUUUUCGCUCAGCUCAUCAACAACAAGGUGUUCCUGCUAACCUUCAUCAGAACUCUGGAGCUCCAACGCUCCUUCUCCAUGCGUGACCGCGGCAACGUGGCGUCUCUCAUCAUGACGGCGCUGCAGGGCAAACUGGAGUACGCCACCGACGUGCUCAAACACCUGCUCUCUGACCUCAUUGACAAGAACCUGGAGAGCAAGAACCACCCCAAAUUGCUGCUGCGCAGAACGGAGUCCGUUGCAGAGAAGAUGCUCACCAACUGGUUUGCUUUCCUUCUUCACAGAUUCCUCAAAGAGUGUUCUGGUGAACCUCUGUUCAUGCUGUACUGUGCCAUCAAGCAGCAGAUGGAGAAGGGGCCUAUAGACGCCAUCACAGGAGAGGCGCGCUACUCCCUGAGUGAAGACAAGCUCAUCAGACAGCAGAUUGAGUACAAAACUCUGAUCCUGAACUGUGUGAACCCGGACAAUGAGAACAGUCCUGAGAUCCCAGUGAAGGUGCUGAACUGUGACACCAUCACCCAGGUCAAGGAGAAGAUACUGGACGCCUGCUAUAAGAACAUGCCCUACUCACAGAGGCCCCGCGCUGUCGACAUGGACCUGGAGUGGCGUCAGGGGCGGAUGGCCCGCGUGGUGCUGCAGGAUGAGGACAUCACCACCAAGAUAGAGAACGACUGGAAGAGACUCAACACACUCAUGCACUACCAGGUGUCUGACCGCUGUGUGGUGGCUCUGGUGCCCAAACAGACCUCUUCCUACAACAUCCCCCCGUCAGCCAGCAUCUCCAGGACCUCCAUCAGCAGAUAUGACUCAUCCUUCCGGUACACAGGUAGUCCAGACAGUCUGCGUUCCCGUGCCCCUAUGAUAACCCCUGACCUGGAGAGUGGGGUCAAGGUGUGGCACCUGGUCAAGAACCACGAGCAUGGAGACCAGAAGGAGGGAGACCGAGGCAGCAAGAUGGUCUCUGAGAUAUACCUGACCAGGCUGCUGGCCACCAAGGGUACCCUGCAGAAGUUUGUGGAUGACCUGUUUGAGACGUUGUUCAGUACCGUCCACCGGGGUAGCGCCCUGCCCCUCGCCAUCAAAUACAUGUUUGACUUCCUGGACGAGCAGGCGGACAAACACGGCAUCCACGACCAAGAUGUCCGCCACACAUGGAAGAGUAACUGUCUUCCACUGCGGUUCUGGGUGAACGUGAUCAAGAACCCCCAGUUUGUGUUUGACAUCCAUAAGAGCAGCAUCACAGACGCCUGUCUGUCUGUGGUGGCCCAGACCUUCAUGGACUCCUGCUCCACGUCAGAGCACCGCCUGGGCAAGGACUCUCCCUCCAACAAGCUGCUGUACGCUAAAGACAUCCCCAACUACAAGAGCUGGGUAGAAAGGUACUAUGCCGACAUUAACCGUCUGCCAGCCAUCAGUGACCAGGACAUGAAUGCCUACCUGGCAGAGCAGGCCAGGCUCCACUCCACAGAGUUUAACAUGCUCAGUGCUCUCAACGAGAUCUACUCCUAUGUCUCCAAAUACAGUGAGGAGAUCACCAUGGCCCUGGAGCAGGACGAGCAGGCUAAGAAACAGCGUCUGGCCUACAAGGUGGAGCAGCUCAUCUCAGCCAUGUCCCUGGAGAGCUGAGACAGACCACGGGAUUAGACGACUGGACCGGCCCGGGAUGUCCAUCAGCCACCCAACAAACAGUCCCGA